ACAAAUACUCCCGGUGCGAAUGUCAUUUUUAUUUUAUACAAGUCUUACUGUAGAAAACACUCUUGGCUCUGGAGCUAUUUACAUAUCGCCCACAGCGCUAAAGGAUGAGCACCAAAGAGUCCAUAGACAUCUGCGCGAAGGGUAGCGGUCGCGUUGAAACCGUCACCCUGCGCCAGAACGAACUGAUCCGGAAUCUGCGCGUCCUGGUGGCAGUGCGCUUUGAGCAGGCUAUUUCUCGGAUCAUCCUGGUCUUCGCGGGCCAGGUGCUGAGUGACGAGGGGACCAUCGACAGUAGGGGAAUCGUCUCCGGCGUCACUGUGCACGUGGUUUGCCGGGCGGAAGCAGCAAACUCUCCAUCGCCGACGCCGAUCGCGGCUACAAAGCGUUCCAAGCCGAGCGAGCGCCUCAUGAGAUCGUGGCAGUCGGCCCACAUAGCCUUUCUGCAACAAGAGCCCGAUGUGCUGAGAAGCCUUCUACAGGCCGAUCCGCGAAUCCGGAGUCUGCUCGAUGAGAAUGCGGCCAUGCGCCACUACUUGAACAGCGACCAAAACCUACGGGAGAUGCUUUCGUUGGCUUUCAGCCCGGCUAAGCAAGAGCUGGGACGCCGCCGCGACCUCCACAUAUCACGCAUGGAGUUUGUGCCUGGCGGGUACAAGGUCUUGAGCCGACUGAACUACUGCAUGCUACAGGCCUACGAAGACAACGUGGCCAUGGCCUUUCAGCAGGCGUCACAAGGCGCUAAAACGUCCUCGAACCCCCAGCGCGGUCUCGAGGUGAAGGACCCGCUCCCAAACCCAUGGCUUCGCAUGCCGCGCAUCCGAAAUCCGAGGACAUGCGCUCUGCCAAGACGUGUAAAUAAAGGACGAUCUUCUGUUAAGCAGAGCGACCCUAAUGCCGAUUGCAGGCAGAAAAGCUCAUCGAAGGUGAUGACUUCUACUGCAACACAGACCAAGUGCAAGGACCGUCGAUCCGGUGGUGACGGACACUGCCAGCACUGUUACCAGAGCCAGGUGGAGCAGUUGACUCAGAUGGGCUACAGCAACCGCAGUCGCAACAAACGCGCUCUGCUCAUAUCUCUGGGCAAUGUUGAUUGCGCUGUAAGACUACUGGACCACUGGAAUCGGUUUUUGGAGGACUGAACUCCAUUUGUACUGCUUUUGAUUUGUUUCGUUUUUGGUCGAGGUUAUCUGACGCCUAUUGAUAUGCACAAUAAAUAUGAAAAAAAAUG